AUGUUAAGCCAACUUCAUCCAGCCACAAGUCAACCACCAAAGUGUCAAAUGUCUGCCCCAUCUACAGCCGUCGAAACUCUUGAUCCAGAGAAACAAUUUGUUCAAACCUACGUGCAAUUGAUGGGAUUGUCUGAGAACUCACCACCCAGUCAAUUCUACUCAACUCAUGAUUAUGACAAGUUGCAAUCACUAGGACCAAGUUUGCCAAAAUUUACCUACAAAUUUCCUACAUCAGUGGGCAAUAAAGCAGAAGGAAAAAGUACAGUUAAGUUGAAGUUCAAAUCAAUCAAGCCGCCAUAUAAAAUCUCCUAUGAAUUUGACGCAUCAACCACGUCAACUAUAUAUAAAAUCAAGUCAAGAUUGAUUAAUGAUGUGGACAAUUUGACAUCAGCAGGUAUAACCCCAAAGGAUGUGAAAUUGAUGUUAAAGUCUAAAGUCGUUCAAGACACAUCUACAUUAACCACAUUGGUUGGAGAAAAUACGGAAUUAUCAUUCAAUUGUAUCAUUACGCCACCAACAAGUAAACAAGUAAAUACAAUGCCGUCCAAGGCGGAAGAAGAACCAGAACCAGAACCAGCAAUUCCAACCACCCUUAGUACAGCUGCUUUGGAGCAAAUUCAAAAGAUUAUAAAACAAGAUAUAGUCGAUCCUGCUAAAGCAGAGGAAAUAUUCCAAAAAUUUAAAAACAGCGUCUAA